AUCUUUACAUCCACAUUAGUAGGAGCAACUCGUUGCUGACUGCACGCCUGUGCUCGAUAUCAAAUGUGCUGUGAAAAUUGUGUCUGUUAUAGUGUGUGCCUCUAUAUAAUAAUAAUGCAAUAACGUCUAUUAAACUUUUAUUAAUAAAUAUUCCACUAUGACUGAAGGUACGGUCGAUAUUCACGAAUUAGAGAAAUUAAGACCUAACACAGACUCGAAUAAAGAUAUUAGUAACAAUACACAAGCUGUUAGUGCUGAAUCACCACAGAAAUGGAGCAUUAUACUGGAGCCAGCUCUGGCUGGUGCGAUGAUGGCCAUAAAUCUAGGACAGACUUCUUUGCAGAACUUCUAUUUAAGGACAGCUUGCACUGUCGACUUAGGAUACUCGUUAGAUGUAUGCGAUAGAGGUGUAGGUGAAGAAUUUAGAACUGCUGAGGCAGCCAGUCAAAUGGUGGUCUCUGGUGUAAAUAUUAGUCGAAGUUUCGUGGGUUGUCUUCUUUCGACUAUUGUCCUAUUAUUUGUGGGACCAUGGAGUGACUGUAGUGGUAGACGGAAGCCGUUACUCAUCAUGCCUCUGGUGGGAAUGUGUGUCAUGACGACUGGAGUUCUUCUCAUGCUGACCUUUCCUGGUGCUUCGACGGUGCAAGUGCUGUACGUCGUGCAAAUUCCGAUGUCGUUAGGCGGCAACUUUGGAUUACUUUUGGCUGCUUCAUUUAGUCAUGUUGGUGAUAUAUGUCACGCGAGCGGGCGUGACGUAACACGGACGAUGGGCAGCCACCGUGCGGCCAUACAGAUCGCGCACGUGCUGGGCGCUGUAUGUGGCCCCUUACUUUACCGUCAGCUAGGCUUCUAUGGCGUCUUCCCACUUGUACUGUUACUGCAGUUUGCAUCAUUGGUGUAUGUGAUAGUAGUUAUAAAAGAUGUAAAUGUGAAUAACGACAACAAAGUGUCGGUGUUCAACUGGCGGCUGCCACUCAAUGCGUUCCAAUGUCUCGUGCGACGGCGCGACGGCUACAAGAGGACCAUCAUACUGCUCAUGCUGAUUGUUGCCCUCGGAGAUCGAAUGCUGCUCUCUGCGGAGGUGCUCCUGGCCUACAUGUUCUACAGAUACAAGUUUCAUUGGGACGACGUCAUGUUCGGAUCUUUCCUCGCCUACAGAAACAUUAUCAGCUUUCUUGGUACACUGUUAAUUCUAACGGUACUAAAGCGACGACUGCGACUAUCAGAUGAAGUGGUGGGCGUACUCAGUUGCAUGUCUUACAUGCUAGCCACCUCUGGACUUGUGGCCGCUUCUACUACACUAGUUGUAUUUUUACUUCCUCUAAUCGGUAUCAUAGCGCAAGGCUCUCAAGUCGUACAGCGACCAAUACUCAACAGACAGAUUCUACCCACUGAACAAGGUAAAAUAUACAGCGUAUUGGGUGCAUUAGAAUCUGCAACACAAACAUUUUCGUCACCUCUGUAUUCAUUGCUCUACACAAAAACGGUGUCAACAAGACCAGACGCGUGGCUAGCUCCCGGCAUCAUACUCGCUGUUUUCCAAAUGCUUUCGUAUUCACUUACAAGAAGAUUGGGUAUUAAAACUACCAAAGACAUCGCUCAAAUUGAAAAGAAUGCUUCUCUACCAACAGAUAAGUCAGUUAAAGAAAAGGAUGAAUCUCCUCCUAAAGAAGAACCAAACGGAACACAACUAGUUGGAGAUGAGACUGUUAUUAAUAAGGUGUAAAUAAUUUGUAUCGAAUUAUAUCAAAUCUAUUUUUAUAAAA